UUGGUUCAGAUAAAACGUGAAAAUGGCAGCCCCCUUGCUGGUGCUUGGGAAGUUAGGGGUUUCUUCGCCUUCUUUCUGCAGUAUUCAUCGAGCAUGUCGCCAACUGCCAGCAAUGAAUUUCAACUCCCAGAAUCUGCAUUCCUUGGAGCCUCGUUCUUGUGCUGCGACCAAAACUUCAAGGCGUCUUUUGAUUGUUGAACAGCAGAUUACAUUUAUUCCUGUGAGAAAUACUGGCUUUUUCAACAAGAUGACUGGUAAAGAACUUUGGGAAGGAGUGACAUCUGUGAGUAGCGCGGGAAAGAAGAAGGGGCGUGGUAAGCGUGUAGGUAGAAUGAGGCAGAGGGACUUGAACAGAGGACAAGUGCUAGGAGAAGGUUUGAGGUCAAACUUUGUAUGGCCAGGUCUGAAUGCACCAGUUAUAAAGGGUCGCCAGGUUAUAAGACAGGAAGAACUCCCACCAGAUCCUACAAAGAUGGAAGAAUUAAACAAAUUCCGUGACAAAAUGAGCACCUUCCGACAUCUACCACUUCCAACAUUACAGCGAGGAUGGUCAGGGAAUCGUUUUCCCGGACAAAGUGUCGGCCCUCCUGAUCCUAUUGGAGAGUAUGAUUUCAAGGACUUUGACUCUCGUUGCGUUGAGUUUAAAAUUGUCACUAACAUGACGGGAAAUCUUGGUCGUAAACAUAGAUUCAGCGCUAUGGUUGUAGUUGGCAAUGGGAACGGUUUAGCAGGAUAUGCUGUUGCUAAAGCCAACAAGGGUCGUAGUGCCAUACAGCAGGCGAAGAACAGGGCUGCCCAGAAGCUGCAGUAUAUACCACUUUAUAAGGGUCACACAGUCUAUCAUGAUAUGUAUGAGAAAGAACAACAAGUUGGUGUCUUCAUGCACAAGAAACCAGAAGGAUUUGGGCUUGUGUGCCACAGGGCCAUUAAAUCUAUUUGUGAACUCAUUGGGAUAAAGGACUUGUAUGCUAAAGUUGAGGCUAACAACAAAGGCAAUGUGCAGGCCUUAACUACAGCAGUCUUUAGAGCCCUCGGAAACCAGGAGACACAUCAGGAACUAGCUGAUAGGUUAAAACUUCACGUGAUAGAACGUCGCUCAGAGAGGGACUAUUUCCCGGAGGUUGUAGCAUCACCAUCAGAUGGCGCUGCUAAGGAAACUGUUGACCCUGACGAGGAUUUGGACUUUAGAAGACUUUACUUUCCUGACCAGAAAGUGCCACAUGUUGUGCCCCCAAAACCAGUGUAUUAUUACAAUACCAGGCAGUAUAAGCAGUAUAUCAAGCGUAUACAUAGAUAUAGGAAUCAACCACACUGCGACAUAUUGAGGAGAGCAGGCAUGUGGUGACACCAUACGGUCCAUACAUCUUAGGAAAUAACGUAAAUGGACUUCAUAUACUCCUUGGUGGAACAUUUAUAAUUUAGGACCACUCCUCUCAAUCUACAUGUGUUUGAUGUUCACUUGGAAGAUCUGCCAUUAUGGAACAUGGAAAUUAUUUAUUCUCUGAAUGGAUGUAUUCACUUUUAUAAUGGAUACAAUCUAGUUUUCAAGUGAUUGCCAUUCCUCUUUGUACCAUCAUGUAGUCUGCUUUGCCUCAGUGAUACCAAGUUUUGAGAUUUAGAACGUAAGCAUUUUGUAUGGGUGUCUUCAAAUACGACCAAAGUUUCCUGUAUCAAAUAUUAUAAUUAGAAUAAAAUAUCCUUACAA